AAGGGAUCUGGCCUUCGGGCAUACCAAAUAUUUUUCUAGUCUAAUAGGUUGAAAACUCCUUACUCUCUCUUUAUGUUGUUGGUACCUUCAUUCUUUACAUACAAUCUCAACUUGGUACACUCAAUCUGAUCAAUCGGUCCAUCGUACCCACCCUUUCCUUUCUCCUUCCCCCCCUUCCCCUCGCCUCCCCUCCGCCGAGCUGUUAUUGCUUGUGUGGAUUGCUCACAAGGGAAAUAAAGCAAUAGGACUGUAUCUUAACCUGUUUCGCUCCUGUGCUGAGUAUCUCUAUUAUACGCCAUCAGUUGUGACCUCUUGGAACUGAGUUCUCGCCUCGUCCUCGCCCUUUGAGGUUGUCGGUCUAAACACACUAGAUAUCCCUGACCGCCUCCACAACCCACGACAGCUAUCUCGUUCGCACCGCCGCACGAUUAAAUACCCUUUAGCCACCCUCAACAUCGUCAGCCCGGCUCGUCUUCUCCUUCGCAAGAUUCUACGGAGGACGUCAGCACGCCCACUCAUAUCCCAUCGCUCUCCCCACCAUGCCGUGCUUUAAGGGUCUCGCCGUGAGUAUACACACUCCGGACGGUCCUAUCGCUGAGCACUCGAUCCAACGCCAAUCUCGAGCCUCUCGCAUAGCCUGUUACAUCCCCGUACCUCCACCGAAGCUACCUGAUUCAGGCACCGGAAAACCUGAACAAUCCACCUUUGCAGUUUCGAUCACGUUGUUGAAUCCUGGCCAAGAUGUGCCCUACUCGACUCCAAAGCCGACGCCGGAAAACCCCACACCUAAGCCUAAGGUCGUCGGGGGUCUGCCCGGCCAGACAGCGGAGCGAGGUCAAUACAGCAGCAUGGUGGCUCCGUAUCAGCCACUGACAAACUCCCCGAACGAGACGGUCGCAGCCUAUAUCUACUUCGAUGGACGACAAAAGGAAGAGGUCGCUACUUUGCUCCGGAGAGGCGAGGAGACCUGGGUAAACUCACGAUGGGUCAGCGUCCCUGAGUCAGAAGGAGGUGGCCUUGCGGAACGCGAGUUCCUCUUCCGUGAGGUGGGAUUGGAGCGCUGGCUCAAUGGCUUAGAUCUGGAGGGAAAGGAUGUCGCUGCGAAGAUUGAACGGAGACGGCAGAAGAUGGAAAAGCGUCGUUUGAAGCGUGCAUCGAUUGAUGGGACUGAUGAUCUGGAUAUGGAUUCUAAGUCAGGCAAGAAUGACAAGGGUAUCAUGCGCUACGGCAGCGACGCGAAAUCACCUCUCGAGGACGUCUCGGAUGAUGACAUGUCUUUCUCUGAUUCCGAUGACGAUCCAAUUCCGGAGUCUGCCGGACAGAUCAAGGUGGCUCUGUUCCGCGUGCUGGCAUCAGGUGAAAUCAAACGCGGAGAAUACUCGCCACAGUUCGACGCCCACGAUGAUGACGAUGAGGCCCAACAAAGUGGUAAUGGCGGGACAGACGCCGAUAUAGACCAUACGACGAGUUUCGCAAAGCCUAAGACCCUCGAUCCAAAGACUAUCAGCACACAAACAGUUACCGGGAUUGAUCCGUCCGACAAACCUUACGCUAUCUUUACCUUCAUGUAUCGAGGAGAACGGCAAUUGCAGAAAAUGGGCAUCUUGAAAGAUCCCAAGGUGCAGGAAACCCCUGGCUCGGCUAAGCGCAGAUCACUGCAGCCGGACUUCACUAAUCUUGGUCCCUUGAAACCAGGCGGUACAGUUGGAUUCUUGAAUUUCCGGGAGAGUAACGAGAACAAAAAGAAAGGCAAGAAAAACAAGUCUGCUGAAUAUGACGAUAUGGACAGCGAUGAUGAUGACGAUGACUCGAUCCUGGGUAAAGCCGACGACGAAGAAGCUAAGGAGGAUGAUCAGCACCUGUCACCAGACGACAUUAGACGCCAAGGUGAACUGGCGGAGGGCGUUCGCAAGAUCAAGCUCAAACGUCAACAUUCGUCGGCAUCGCUGGGCACCAGUACUCCAAAGACGGAUACUGCUAGCCCUCAGCCAUCCGGGGAGACUCCUGCAGCGUCUAAUAUCUCCACGACUCCUCCAGCUGCGCCAGCAGUUCUUUCGGGAAUACCCGAGGUCCCCAGACCUGCGGUCAAUACCCUGAACGGAGAGUUUGUGGGAAGCCCAUUGAAGAAACAAAGAGCCAGUGUAUCCCAGGCGGAUGAAAAUGCACUGCGCCGGAGGAUUGAAUCAGGGCUAUCUCAACCUGUCAGUGGAGCCUUGGACAGCGUUGCAUCAGAGGAAACUCGGACUGCAGGGACAAGUUCCAGUACCUUCGGGGCCCAGACUGAGAAACCCACCCCACAGGAUAACGAGGACGAAGAGCUGUGAUGAGGCUGUCUCGAUGGCAUAUUCCUAGCUACAUCAACUUACUGGGCUGACCCUCUCUUUUUGGAUUGGUGCUCGAUCAGUGGUUGCCCAUGGCUUCUUCACGAUCAAAUCAAAGCACUAUCUUUACAAUCUACGAUAACCAUAUCAUGAGCUUUAACCAUUUUUGACUAGCAGCUAACGGUGUGAACCACCAUCCUCUUUUGUUGUGUUUGAUUGGGUGAAGCUUUCAAAAUAUUAUUAUCCUGUUGACCAUGAUGGAUUGGCGUAAGUGGGCUAAUUGAGAGACAGCCACCUAGUUGGCUCUUAUUUUCUGCUUUGGGAUUUUGAUUAAUUUCUUUUAACGUCUUGAUGAUGAUAACGACGGUAUGGAGAUCGCUAGUUAGCUCUGCAUUGGGCGCAUGAGUCGACUCUAUGCGCCGCAUGGUCCCAGAUCUCUUGCCUGCGAGGAUCAAGAAAUCUUUCCUUCAUAUUUGAAAAGGGUGUGGGCUAUAGGUCAUUUGGUAUAGAAUACAUGAGUCACGCAAGGUGCAAAUAUAUGAAAUGAGGUCCUACUAUAUUACCUUGAAUUUACAGUCCUAUCAAUCAAGCCGCGGAUGAUACAAUUCGCUAUAUAGGUAAAUUGUACGAGGAAAG